GCAAAGGAGCGCGACCCCAGCUCUUUGGCAUUCCCAGCCCUCUUGUGCUUGGAUGGGGUGUGUAUUUCUUGGACGCGAGAGCCCGCAAUUCGAAUCCAGCCCCCUACCCCCGUCGUCCCGCCCAUCCGCCCUCUUUUCCACGGCAACCAGCAACCAGCGCCCGAGGCAAGGCAAGUUCAGGCAAGGUCAAGCAGCAACAACAACCUGCAAAGCCGGCCCCAGCCCAGCCAGCUCUUUUGCAGCUUGUCGCCUGGCCCAUGUCCCCAUCGCAACGUCAGAUCUAGACGUUGGUUUGCCCAGCCGAGGCGGACAGGGGAAUAAACACACUCACACUCGCUCGCUCUGUGUGUCCCGACCCUCGCUUUUCUCACGGUCUUUGUUGCGUGCACUCGUGACGUUAGUACGCAGACAGCAUCUCCAGCCAGCCGAAUCUGCAUCCAUCAAACCAGAAGCAGCAUCUCGCAUCUCGCAUCUGACUACUCGCACCACCUGCACCAACUUGUGCACCCGCACCGAGUACCCGCACCCGCUCGCCUCCCGCCCUCGUAUUCCUCCCCCCCCAGGCCCCCCGGCUCGUAUUAUUGUCACCACGGGCCCACGACUCCCAUUCGAACCUCGGACUCCACUACCGCCCUCGUUCGACGACGACACAAGGCGGACAGCCGACUGGUUUUAAACGUUUCUGGCCUCAAGUACUUCGUGACGUACACGGUUCCAGACGUGGUUCGCGGAAGGCGCUAGAACAGGGGCACUUGGAAAUUGAGGGAAGGCGCGCCAAGGGGCAGGAUUGAAUCGGGUCUGGAUUGAAGAUUGCGAGACCCCUCGCCUUGACGACAUUCUUUUCAAGAACCGGAGCAUCGAGCAUCGAGCACCGAGCACCACUGCGACGCGACCCGACGAUCUCCACGCCGACCAGGCGCCAGACCGACAGGAUGCCUUUCGGCGACUUCACAUCCUUCUGCCACACGGCACCGCUGCCUUUGUGCGCAGCCGUCGGCCCAAUCACCUCCAUACACAGUGGUGUCGGCAUCGAGACGAACUGUUAUGCCCGCAACAUCGAGCUGGCCAACACCAUCAUCUUCCAGAUGGCUACGAGUGCCAUACACAUUGUCGCACUGGCCAUGACCGUUAUCAUGAUCCUCCACGUGCGCGGCAAGUUCACUGCUGUUGGCCGAAAGGAGAUCAUCAACUGCUUCUACAUCUACAUGCUCUUGACGUUCAUCUCCUUAUGCGUCGAUGCCGGUGUUGUUCCACCAGGCUCUGGCCCGUACCCUUACUUCGUCGCAGUGCAAAACGGCCUCUCGUCCGCCCUCAUCACCUGCCUGAUGAUCAACGGCUUCGUCGGUUUCCAACUAUACGAGGACGGCACGCCGCUUUCACUGUGGAUGCUGAGGUUGUCGUGUCUCGUCGCCUUUGCCAUAUCCUUCCUGGUGUCUCUGGCAACCUUCAAAAGCUGGGCAGGCCUGGGACCGACCAAUACCGUGGGGCUGUUUGUGGUGCUGUACCUUCUGAACGGGGUGCAGCUACUCAUAUAUCUGGCGAUGCAGAUAAUAUUGGUCACCCAGACGUUGCAGGAUCGCUGGCCGUUGGGAGACAUUGCCUUUGGUGUCUUCUUCUUCGUGGUUGGCCAGGUCAUACUGUACGUCUUCAGCGACAAGAUUUGCGACGCCGUGAGCCACUACGUGGAUGGCCUGUUCUUUGCCACCAUCUGCAACCUAUUGGGCGUUAUGAUGGUCUACAAGUACUGGGACUCCAUCACAAAGGAAGACCUCGAAUUCUCGGUUGGCACUAGGAUGAAUAACUGGGAGGUCAAGGAGCUGCUGCCCGAGGAGGAGCGUCGCGGCACUGUCUACAUGGACGACCCAUACGCCCAAUCGAGCACAUACGACCAGGGAUAUUCACCAUCACCCAACGCGACCGCACACCGUCACUCUUCAAAAUACUAGGAUUCCCAUGCCGGCGGGAAUGAGACAUGAGGGCCAGUACGGCUGGAGACGACUAGGGCAAUAUAAUAAGUGGUGGAACCGAAGUGGGCCACAGAAUUCGAAAGCCCCGUCUCGUUCACAUGAGGCGACGACUACCAUGCGGCCUCGAGUCACAAAACACUCGGGCGAUUCCAAAGGUCACAUUAUCCAGCAGUGACUUUUUUUUUCCGAAAGGGGUUCAAAGGCGUUCCAAGGUUAGCGAAGAUGGGAAAGCGGUGUGCAUUAAGCAGCCGAACAGGACUGCACUGGCAUGGAGUGGCUUGUGAUUUGGGUGGUCCAAGAGGCUGUUGUUCUAGUAAUAAAAAACUAAUCAUAUAUAAUUCCGAGCCUAAAUCCAAAAUGCUCAUCCAUGUGCGAUGCACUCCCUGGGAUUACGUGGCGCGUUUUGGGGACCCCGGCACCAGAAGAUGUGAGGUCGAUUGUGGUAUGGUGGGGAGGGGGGUGGAUGUAGAGAGGGGGAAUAGGGAGAUGGAUGAAUGGACAGUAUUGGCGUCGCGGAUCGAAGCUUGGUUUUCUGUGCGGUCUCGGAUGGGACGGGCAUUUAGACAUGGAUGAGAAUGGGCGGGAGGGCCUGAUACAACCGAAUGGGUCCUGAAAAAGGGCUAAGGAUUACGGAAUGAUAGAGUAAAGCAAAAAGGGAAGCAAAAUAGAGAGAGGGCGAGCCUCUGUCAACUAUCACGGUCAGGGGGCCGGGCAGGCCGGGGCAUGCUCCUCCCCCAUACAUUGCCUUAGGGUAGGCACUCAAGCUGGUUAGAUAGCCGAUUUGAUGAUAAAAGUACGCUACCAAGAAAAGAAGACCUAGACAGCGAGUAAGUAGGCAAUGGUCUGUGUUUC